UUCCAACCGCCAUCAAAGCGAAUGAAGAAGCAGCUAAAGACAAUCUGGUGUGGAGAAUAGAUAUGUGAAAUUUGGUGUUUGCCAGGAAGGAGGAUCCCAGAGAGUGGAAUAGGCCACUGGAUGCCCACAUGCCACCUAGCUGCAGCAGAUAGAUGCUACUUCUACUAGAUGGAUAUGGACCAAUGGUCUGCCUGGGUUGUUACCAGUCAGGACCCCAGACAGUUCCCUAAUACAGCAACACGUGGAACAGGCACAUGCUCCAAGACCUGACUCAAGCAAGGAAGAAAAAUGAGUUCAUCACAAGAGACAUUGAGGGAUGGAAACACAGAAGGACGUCAGUCCUGUCUGCCAAGUGACAAAGGUUUUCCAAUGACUGAAAAACCAUACAGCUGUGACCAGUGUGGCGAUCGUUUCCAGCAUGCCUCAGCCCUACAACUGCAUUGGUGUAAUCGCACUGUGAAGAACUUAUACGGCUGUGACCAAUGUGGGAAAUCUUUCACACAGCCUUUUAGCUUAAAACGGCAUAAGCUCACCCACAGUGGAGAAAAACUAUACACCUGUGACCAGUGUGGGAGAGCUUUCAUCAACUCAUCACACCUUAAAGUGCAUCAACUCAUCCACAGUGGAGAAAAACCAUACAGAUGUGACGAGUGCGGGAGGGCUUUCACUCAGUCAUUUAGCUUAAAACGACAUAAACUCACCCACAGUGGAGAAAAACCAUAUAGCUGUGACCAGUGUGACAAAGCUUUUGUCAACUUAUCACAUCUAAAACUGCACCACCUCACCCACAGUGGAGAAAAACCAUAUACCUGUGACCAGUGUGGGAGAGCUUUUGGUCGGUUAUUUAGCCUAAAACGACAUAAACGUACCCAUAACAGAGAAGAACUAUGCAUCUGUGACCAAUGUGGGAAGAGUUUUAACCAGCCAUUUAGCUUAAAACAACAUAAACUCACUCAUAGUGAAGAAAGACCAUACAGCUGUGACCUGUGUGAUAAAGCUUUCAUCAACUCCUCAAACCUAAAAGUGCAUAAGCUCACUCACAGUGGAGAAAAACCAUACAGCUGUGACCAAUGUGGGAAAGCUUUCAUCAAUUCAUCAAACUUAAAAGUGCACAGACUCAUCCAUAGUGGAGAAAAACCGUACACCUGUGACCAGUGUGGGAACACUUUCCGCCAGUCCUCUCACCUAAAACAGCACCAGCUUAUCCACAGUGAAGAAAAACUUCUCCUCAGUGAAGAAUGUGGGAGAUACUUCAGUCCCUAUUCUUACCUAACAGGACACAAACCUUUCUACAGAGAGGAUAAAUUGUACACAUUUGACCAAAGUGGGGCAGCUUUCAGUGGACCAUCUCACCUAGAAGAACACACAUAUACCCACAGAGACGAAAAACCAUACACCUGUGAAGAAUGUGGGAAAGCUUUCAAUAGACCAUUCAACCUAAGACGCCACAAAUCUGUCCACAGUGGAGAAAAACCAUACGUCUGCGACCAAUGUGGGAAUGUUUUCAGCCAGUCAUCUUCGCUGAAACAGCACAAACGUGCCCACAGUGGAGAAAAACCUUACACCUGUGAAGAAUGUGGGAAGAGUUUCCGUUUCAAUACAUCAUACAUGAGGCAUAAAAUUACCCACUUUAAUGACAAACUGCACCAGUGUCAGUACUGCACAAAAAACUUUUUUUAUUUCACCGAUCUUACCAGACAUGAACGCUCACAUACUGGGAUCAAGCGGUACUGGUGCGGAGAAUGUAGAAAAAGUUUCUCCAGUUUAAUUCACUGGAAGGUCCAGAAUGGAUCUAAUCAGAGGAAGAGAUGCUUCUCUGGGCUAAUGGUCCAACUGUCUUAAC